CCCGCUCAGCCAUGGCUUCAGUAGGGGCCGAGAGGCAGGCAGGGGCCCAGGAAGGGACGGCCGUUGGGCUGGCACAGCUCACGGAGGCGCCCGGUGGCCGCGCUCAGAGUUCUGAGUGUCCAGUGAUGGGAGACCAGGGCCUGGUGCCAGCCCAGGAGGCCUGCCAGAGCCAGGGUGAAGACAAGUGUCUACCAGGACAUGCCUCAGAGCCAGAGCUCCAGGAGGAAGGACUCAAGCUGGGGGAAGAGAGGCACAAGCCGGAGGUGGAAGCACUAGAGAGAGGCCCCAGGCCUAUGGCCUCCAUUGUGAGGCCCAGUCACAGUCCGAAGAGGAAGCUGAUCAACCGCCCAGGGCCUAGCCACCAUGUCCAUCCUAGGGCCGAAGCUGAGGUGACACCAGGGCUGCCGCUGCAGAGGGAUGAGCCAGAGGGUAGCCACAGUGAGCCCUCGCCAUCUGCCAAACAGCACAAAAAAGCCAAGAAGCGCAAGAGUCUGGGGGCUCCCAUGCUCCCAGCUGUGGCCAGCACAGUGUCUGCACCCUCAGAGACCUUGGGGCUGGAGCGAAAGGCCAAGCGCCUGCGGCCCCUGUACCAGUACAUCAACUAUGGCAACCCUGAGCUGAACCAGGCAGGGGAAGGGGACAGAGAGGCUGAGGCUGAGGUGCAGCCUGAGUUGGAGCUGACCCUGGUUCCUGAGGAGGCAGGUGUGGAGCAACUACAGGCCUUGCUGCUCGUGGCAGGUGAGCUGGGCUCAGGCCUCGCUUUGACCUGCCACAAUGUGUUAGUCCCCCCUGCCUUUACCCUGGAUCCCCUAGGAGACGAGGCUGGAGAGGAGCCUGGGGUUUUUCCCAGCUUGGGGGUGAGUGGCUGCCUCAAGGCUGAGAUGGAUAAGUCAACCCAGGUGGACAUCGACAAGAUACUGAGUGUCUGCGCGGCUCCACUUGUACCCCCGCUCUCUCCUCAGUACAAGUGA